AACAUGCACCAUGAUGUGCUAACUGGAAUACCACAGUACCAAUGUCAUAUGCCUCUAGUUAGUUAGUUACAUCAAAAAACUCAAGUGGAAUGUUGAAAAGUAACUUAUGAAGUGAUGGACUAUAAUAUUGAGAAAACUUAAACAUGAAUCACUAAGCAACUUGGAGUGUUUAAAUUUGAAUUCAGUUGUUCAUUAUUAAUUGCAACAUUUAUGAACACUGAAAUAGAAAUGGGAGCUGAGGAAAGUAAACAAACUCCUCAAGGAACCAAGCCUGAAGAUAACAAGCGAGGGCAUCUUGAAACUCUACCUGGUGGCACAAAUCCUAAACAAACAAAUAAGGAACACCAUGGUUACUCAGAAUCAAGUGCUUCAUCCUUACUGCAGGAUGGGAUUCUAGCAGAUGUCAAAAUGCCUACAGAGUUGAUGGUCCAGAUUCCAGAAAAUAACCCCCAGAAUGAUGGUGGUGUUAUUGAAAAAGAAACUGCUACUGUUAUUGAAGAAAGAAUACAAGAAAUGGAGACAGGACAAAUUGUAUUAGAUGACAUAAACACUGAGACAAAAGAUUCUGAAGCCACUGAGAAUAUUGCAGCCAUUGAGUCACGGGAAAUUGUAGCUUCUGAGUCAAAGGAUAUUAGAGUGACUGAGUCCCGGGAAAUUGUAGCUACUGAGUCAAAGGAUAGUGUAGCUACUGAAUCUCAGGAAACUGUAGCCACUGAUUUAAAAGGCACUGAAGCUACAGAGACUGAGAAUAUUGUAGCCACUGAGUCCCAGGAAACUGUUGCCAUCGAGUCCCAGGAAACUAUAGCAGCUGAGUCAAAGGAUAGUGUAGCCACUGAGUUUAAGGAAACUGUAGCCAUUAAGUCAAAGGAUAUUGAAGUGAUUGAGUCCCAGGAGAAUGAAACCACUGAGUGCCAGGAACCUGUAGCCACCGAGUCAAAUGAUAUUGAAGUGACCAAGUCCAAGGAAAUUGUGGCUACUGACUCCAAGGAAACUUUAGCCACUGAAUCCCAGGAAACUGUAGCAACCGAGUCCCAGGAAACUGUAGCCAUUGGGUCAAAGGAUAUUGAAGUAACUGAGUCCCAGAAAACUGGGUUUCAGGAAACUGUAGUCACUGAGUCAAAAGAUGCUGAAGCCACGGAGACAGAGAAAAUUACGGCCACUGAGUCGAAGGAAACUGUAGCCAUUAAGUCAAAGGAUAUUGAAGUGAUUGAGUCCCAGGAGAAUGAAGCCACUGAGUGCCAGGAACCUGUAGCCACUGAGUCAAAUGAUAUUGAAGUGACUAUGUCGCAGGAAAUUGUAGCUACUGAGUCAAAGGAAACUGUUGCCACUGAGUCCCAUGAAACUGUAGCAACCGAGUCCCAGGAAACUGUAGCCAUUGGGUCAAAGGAUGUUCAAGUAACUGAGUCCCAUAAAACUGAAGCCGCUGGGUCCCAGGAAGCUGUAGCCACUGAGUCAACGGAUAGUGUAGCCACUGAGUCUCAGGAAACUGUAGCCAUUGAGUCAAAAGAUAUUGAAGUGACUGAGUCCCAGGAAAUUGAAGCCACUGAGUCCCAGGAAAAUGAAGCCACAGGGUCCCAGGAAACAGUAGCCACUGAUUCAAAGGAUAGUAUAGCCACCGAGUCUCAGGAAACUGUAGCCAUUUUGUCAAAGGAUAUUGAAGUGACUGACUCCCGGGAAAUUGUAGCCACUGAGUCCAAGGAAAAUGAAGCCACCGAGUCAAAGGAUGUUGGAGUAACUGAGUUCCAGGAAACUCUAGC